AUGGCUGUCUCUGGGGCAGUAUCGAGCUGCACGUACACCCCAAGUAGCGAAGUUGUUCGUGGUGUAUAUUGUACAGUGCUGUCUACACCCUCUAACCUCCCUGGCUUAUGUUGUUUAAUUAAAUCUCUUUACCAGUCAAAUCCUUCCUUCCCUCUUCUCGUCCUUCUACCCCCGAAACUCCGAGCAGCUGUCUCAUCUCUAUUCCUUAUAACCCAACAACAACACAGCACAUCAAAUGAACAACAACACUGUAGGGGGGCCCCUGUGGGGGCCCCAACAGGCGCCCCUACACAGGACCCUACAGGGGGCCCCACAGGGGGGCCCCCCACUGAAGCUGCCACACGGGCCCCCACUGAGGCCUCUACAGGUGUCUCCUUAGGAACCCCCAUUGGGGCUUCCACAGGGGCCCCCACAGGGGCCCCCAGUUGGCCUUCCGCAGGGGUCCCUACAGGGGCCCCCACUGGGGCUCUGGGGGCCCCGGUAGGGGCCCCCACAGGGGCCCCUACAGCUGCUUUAACAGGGACCCAAAAAGGGUUCAGUGGGGGCCCCCAUUUAAAAGAGACGCAAAGCAAGGAGACAUUUGAAUCACCGGUUAAUGGGGGGCCCCUUGCGGGGCCCCCUCACAUGGGGCCCCCCGAUGUGGGGUUGCAGAGGGGGCCCCCUGGACUGGAAGGUUUAGAAGGGAUGAAGGGAUUGAAGGUCUUAGGUUUUGUUGUUUAUUCUUCUCUUACGGUGUACUUCGUGGAGACAGAGCCGCUGCAACUCUUUGCUGCUAAAGGGAACCCGCAGCAGCAGCAGCAGCAGCAGCAGCAGCAGCAGCCGGAGAAGCAACAGGAGCAGCAGCAGCAACAACAACAACAACGACAGCAGGAGCAGCAGCAGCAACAACAACAACAGCAACAGCAACAGCAACCGCAGCAGCAGCAGCAGGAGGAACAGCAGCAGCAGCAGCAGCAGCAGGAAGAAGAGGGGGAUGAGGAGGAGGCUUCUCUUUGUUUGCUGAAGCUGCGUUUGUGGGAACUAGAAUGCUUCAAAGUUGUGGUGUAUGUUGAGUGCGACUGCAUCAUCAUCCGCAACAUUGACUCUCUCUUUUCUUUAAAAAUAACACCCGAUAAACCUGCAUUUGCUCCUUCUCUCUUCCCUCCAGAUGCAUUUGAUGCUGGCGUUAUUGUGCUCAGGCCUAGCCGCCUGCUGCAGCAGCAGCUGCUGCAGCAGCUGCAGCAGCAGGUGCAGCAGCAGGUGCAGCAGCAGGUGCAGACGCAGGUGCAGACGCAGCAACUACUCAGCGAUCUCUCAAAUAACCAGCAGCAGCAUCAACAGCAGCAGCAAACACAAACCAGCCUGCAGCAGCAACAACAACACCAUCAACAUCUGCUGCAGCACGCGCGUACUCGCCGCGCCUCUUCUCCUGCUGCUCCUCUUGCUGCUGCUGCUCCUGCUGCUGCUGAGGGAGACUCUGACCCACAAGGCCACAGACCGCGCAGCCGCAGCACUCUGACUAACAGCAAAGGCAGCAGCAGCAGCAGCAGCAGCAGCAGCAAGACACAACAGAAUCCCCGAGCAGCAGCAGAAGAAGCAGCAGCAGAUGCCCUUCCUAUUGCUGUUACCCUCCCCCUUCCAGCAGCAGAAAACCGAAGAAAGGAGACAGAUUCUGCUGCAACGAGCGAAGUAAAAGCACACCCAGCAGCAGCAGCAACAGCGGAAGCAGCAGCAGCACCAGCAGCAAAACUCCCUUCAACCCUAGCAGGGCCCCUGCAGCACACACUGCUAUUGCAGCAGCAGGAGCAGCAGCAGCAGCAGCAAUUAAAUGAAAUAAGCUUUAAUAUCUUCUUAAAUCAAUUCUUCUCCUCGUGGUACACCUGGGAAGCACCCCACAGAUUACCCUUCCGCUACAAUGCGCGGCAUAUGAUGCUGCUGUAUAUGGGGGGAUGGGCGUGUGCCUCUCCUGCUGCUGCUGCUGCUGCUCCUGCUGCUGCUGCUCCUGCUGCUGCUGCUGCUCCUGGUUGGGGGGCUGUUGGUGCUGCUACCUCUCCCAAGGAAGUUGAGACUAUCCCUUUCCCCGCAGCAGCUGCAGCAGCAGCUGCUGCAGCAGCGUCUCGGGGGCCCCCCUCUAUUAGAGGGGCCCCUGGGGGCCCCUGGGGCCCCCGGAGGGUACAGAGCAGAGCGAAGAGCCCGCCGUCUUCUUCUGAUAAGGGUUUUGUUCGUAAUCUGUCUCUGGCAUUUCGCAAUCUAGGAAGUUUAACUCGAUUAAAAGAGACAAUUAGCAGCAAGGGACUCAAAAGGGACACUUUGCCUGAGGGGGAGGCUAAGGAGGGAGAACAACCCCACAAAGGGAUCCGAUCCCAUACCGGGAUCCGAUCCCAAGGGGACAGUCGUUCACCAGAGAUCGGAUCCCAUGCGGGGAUCGGAUCCCCUACAGGGACGGGAUCGCAGCGGGGGGUGGGGUCCCCAAUUGGGAUCGGAUCCCAGCGGGGGAUCGGUUUUCAAGGGAUCGGAUCCCACGAGGGGCAUGCGUUGUCUUCUGUUGGCAGCGACGUGUCUUCUGCGAGAGGAGACAGUUUAACGCUUUCAGGCUCUCUGCUGCCUCUUCGUUUAGUUGUGGGGGCAAUGAGAGACCUCGUGGGGGAGCUGGCUGGGGGCCCCCCCUGCAGCAGAGAGUUCUCUGGUGUAUCUGCAGGUGCUUCCUCUUCUUCUUCAUCUGUCUUGUCGGACCCUGUCAGAAGCAGCACCAGCAGCAGCAGCAACAGCAAGAGCAACAGCAGGAGCAGCAGCAGCGGCAACAGCAACAGCAGCAGCAGGAGCAACAGCAACAGCAGCAGCAGUUCGCCGUCUCUUAAGUCCCCUUCUGACAGCAGCAGCGACGAAUAUGAGGGGGGCCCACCAUUCGAGCGGGGGGCCCCCAGCAGCAGCUCAUCGAGUGCGAGCAGCCCGGGGGAGGAGACGAUCCCAAAGGAGACAGCAGGAGACACUUUUCUUGAGCCUCCUCCCUCUUGGGGGGUAUUUAUUGAAGACACAGCUGAGGAGACCCUGCUAAAAAGAGAGCUUAGCGACCACAUUAAAACCCUUCUACGCAGCCGUUCCUCCUUUAGAACGGAGACAGAAAAAGGAGACACCCAAGGCCAAAGGCCCGAAGAUAUACAGCAGCAGCAGCAGUUGCUGCUGCACCAACAACAGCAGCAGCAUCCGCAGCAACAGCAGCAGCAGCAGCAACAGCAGCAACAGCAGCAGCAACAGCAGCAGCAGCAGCGGGGGAAGGUCUCGGAGGAGACAGGCUACGAGUGGAGUGGAUGCGAUCGUUCGUCUAGUGUCUCCUUCGGAGACAUGAGGCCCCCCCUUCUAUGGGAGCGAUGCAAACCUAUUUAUGUGCUGCGGUUUGCUGCUGCUGCUAAACCCUGGAGCGAAGAGGGUGUUAGGGGGCCCCUCGAGGUUCUCUGGUGGAGAGUCUUCUUAGGCUUAGACCCCUUUAAAGAUAAACAGCUGCGCCAAUUCAUCUAA